AACCUUGUCAUCAGGAUGUUGGUUGCUCGACUAACAACCAUGUUGAAUAACUACCGGAUUGCUAAUCAGGCGAAACAAAUUCAUCAUUGUUGUCAACAGUCCAUAAACUUGUUGCCUCUCUUGGUUCGCCAAAUACUUCUCUUCUCUCUGCUUUCAGUACUCUACAAUUAUUACCGGAUAUGUCCUGAAUUUGCUUUACCAUUUGCAAAAUAUCCAGAUGCCUUCUCAUGGGGUUGCACGGUUCGAUAUUUCUCUCAGCAGGGCCAAUUCAAGGAAGCCUUGUCUAUCUACCUUCAAAUGGUUGGACAAGGACAGUGUCCAAGCACAUAUGCCUUAAGAGCAUGCACUAGGAUUGCACAUAAGAUGGGAGAAGUGUCAAUUCAUGCUCAAACUUAUAAAUAUGGAUUUUGUGGUUGCGUUUACGUACAAUUUGAUGACAGUGAAGAAAUGUGGUUUCGUGGCAUUUCAUCUGGGCAUUUGAAAUUAGGGAAUGUGCUAGAGGCUAAGACAGAUGUUUCCUGGAACUCAAAGGUAUCAGGGUAUGCAAGUAGUGGAGAUAUGGACCAGGUUUGCUUUUUAUUCCAACAGAUGCCACAGAGAAAUAAUUCUUCUUAGACUGCAAAAAUUAGUGGGGUCUACUUGAUUCAAUGCCCCACAAAAAAUAACAUUUCCUGGGUUACUAUGAUUGCUGGGUACUCGAAAUAUGGCAAUGUUAAGUUUGCUUGGGAACUAUUUAAUCGGUUGACUGAGAAAGAUCUGCUCUCAGUUAACGCCAUGAUAUCUUGCAUCGCUCAAAAACCGAAGGAGGCCCUUCAGCUGUUCAAUGAGAUGCUUAAAGCUAAAGAUAAUGUCCAAUCAGAUGAAAUGAUUUUGGCAAGUCUUGUAUCAAUUUGUUCAGAAUUCGGGGACAUGAGGCUUGGAUCAUGGAUUGAAUCAUAAAUAAAGAAUGCCGGGAUCGAUUUUGAUGAUUAUUUGGCCACUGCAUUAAUUGACCUUUAUGUAAAGUGUGGGAACAUUGAUAAAGCAUAUGACCAAUUUCAUGGCCUGAAGAAAAAGGAUGCGGUUGCCUAUAGCGCAGUAAUCCUGAAAUGUGGCAUAUAUUGGAAGGUUGCUGAUGCCAUAAAAUUGUUUACAGCAAUUGUUGAAGCCCAAACAGAAACAAUUUGA